CCAGGAAAGGGACAUCGUGGACGCUGGAGGUGGGGAUCACUACGCACCAAGGACCACCCGCACCAGAGACACUGCGAUGGGGAGCACCGGGAACACUGGGAAAGGAAAGACUGGGAAUGGGGCCACCGGGGAUGGGGACAGCUGGGAAAAGGGCUCAGGGCUACUCGAGGAGGGACAGUCAAGCCGCUGGCUCUCUCGCUGGGCAGUGGGUGGCCACGGGCACAGCAGCCCCACGUCCAGUUGCGCGAGUGCCCCGGGCGGCUGCUGUGGGUCCUGGCUCACAAGACCCCCAUCCCCGCAGGGCCAGCUGGGUACUCACCAUGGCUGCAGCACAGCUCGUCACCUGGGGGAUGCUCCUGGCCACCGUGGUCCCCGCCGGGGCCCAGGGUGUGCUGCCGGAAGGGAUGUCUUUAGGUGGGGACCCCUUGCACAGCGCUGCCUGGGGACAGCAGUGGCCGGGCCCAUCCCCCACCUGGGAGGCAUCAGGGGAGCCGAGCGGCACCGGGGACUCCAGGAGUGAGCGCCGGGGGGGCAACAGCCCCGUGCACUGGUCCCCCCCGCUGCAGGCAGGGCAUGGCACAGGGGCACCCCUGAAGAUGGAAACCACUAUGACAGGUGCUGAUACCAGGGCCUGGAGGGACGGCAGCACAGCCCUGGCUGUGACAGAGGAGCCACUUGUCACCUGGCGAGGACAUGAGGCUGAAGGCCAGGACAGCCCCGUGCCUCACAGCUCUGCACCGGGCACACUGGGCCCUGGGGUGCCCACGGACACAGGGCCACCCUGGGUAGGGCAGGGUCUGUCCCUGUCAGGGCAGAAUGCCACGAAGACAGCUGGCACUCCCAGCCCUUGGUCAACCGUAUCCACCAUCGCUCUGAACCCCCUGCCGGCAGUGGGGAUGGGGACAGCAGAUGCCCACACAGGGGGACAGACAAUGGUGGAGGGACCCACGGCGGCCCUGGGGCUGCCUCAGGAUGCACAGCUUGCUCCAGCCAGCAGCCAGUCAGUCCCACUGGGCACUGUCCCUGCCUCCCACCCCACAGGCACGGGGCCAACUCAGCGUCCCCACACCAGCCGUGGCUCUGCACAGCCGGUGAGCAGCUGGGGGGACACGGGAGGGCCCUCCAGCCCCUCCCUGGCUCUGCCCAACUCUGCCCCACAGCUGCCCCACAUAACCCCAUCCUGGGGACUGGCUGAGCCCUGGACCAGGGGGCUCCCGUCCCACCAGCGCAGCACCCGGAGGGCCCCUCUCAGCCACACCACCACCAGCCCUGGGGAUGCAGCACCUCGCACGGACCCCAGGAUGACUGGGCAGCGGGGACCCCAGCCCACCCCAGGGGCUGUCCUCAGCACCAGUCCUGCGCCUCUACCCGCCUCCAGCACGGCCACCCCUGGCACCUCCAGCACAGGGCUGCUGCCUGAGGAGGACGUUGGCUCCCCACAGCAGGUCCGGGGUGCUGUGGGCGCUGUGAGCAUCCCAAAUGCCACCAAGGCGACCCCACAGCCAGCGGCGCAUCCAUCCACCACAGGGACACUCGGGACCAGGAACUCAGGCACCCCGGGGACGCAGCCCCCCAUCCCAGGCACCGCAACCCCCUCAGCCACAUGGCGACGAGCAGGGGUGACGCCACAGCCAGCCCCCCGAAAUCCAUCCUUGCUGCAGCCACAGCCACAGCCCAGCCGUGCCCCGCCAGUGCCAGGGGCCAACGGGACUGGGCUGCGCUGGGCCGAGCUGCAGCACGAGCUGGGCUUCUCCUGGGAGGCCCAUGUCUAUGGGUUGGCUGCCAUCUUCCUGCUGCUGGCACUGGGAUGCCUGGCGGGGCUGGCAGGGACGGCCAUCCUGCGGCCCCCACACCUGCCCCACACUGUGGGGGCCCACGGGCUGCUGCUGGCUGCCUGCCUGCUGCGGGCCACCUUCCUGCUGCUGGACCCCUACGGGGCACGGGGCCGCCUGCCUGCCCUGGCGCUGCUGCUGCUCAGCACGGCUCCCUUCCCGCUGCUGCUCGCUGCCUUUGCCCUCCUGCUCCAGCGGCUCCAGCGCUUGGCCCAGCUGCGGCUGCUGCCGGCCCGGCUGCGGGGGCUGCCGGCGCUGGGGGCUGUUGCCGCCCUGCAGAGUGUGGUGCUGGGAGCCGCCGACCUGCUGCCGCCCCGGCUGGGCCCCGCCGCGCUGGGGCUGCAGGCACUGGGCUGUGUGGCAGGGGCCCUGCUGCUGCUGGGGGGGCUCUGGGGGUGCUGGCGGGUGCUGCGGGCGCCCUGUGAGGAGCCAGGCCCAAGGCCAGGGGCGCGGGCGCUGCUGGCAGCAGCGGUGGCGGGGCUGCCGGUCUGCGGGCUGCAGCUCUACAGCGCUGUGUGGCUGCGAGGGGUCCUGGGGCCCCCUGGGCGCUUCUCCCGGCCCGGCUGGGUGGCACAGCUCUGGCUGCGGAUCGGUGAGCUGGGCACAGCCCUGGCGCUGCUGGCAACCACCGCCGAGCCCGUGUGCUGCCAGUGCCACCGCCAGAGCCCCGCUGGCCACUCCUGCUGGGCCAAGGCGCUGCGGUACUUCUGUGCUGGCCGCAAAGCCGAGGCGCCCGAGUACCCCAACAACUGCUACGACUGGGCCGGUGGCAGUGCCAGUGGCACCAGCGCAGAGCGGACACCUGCCAAUGACAUCUCCAAGAGCCUCAUCCGCAACCCGGCGGAGCAGCUGCCCCUGCGGGCUCUCAAGGACAGCAAUGAGGCCUGGGCGGCUGGCGCUGGGAUUCCAGGGCUCAGCCCCAAGUGCCCCAACCUGCUGGCCGCCCGCUCCUGUGCCACCUUCGAGCAGGGCUCGUCCCCCUCACUCGGGGAGCUGGUCUUCCGCCCGCCGUCCCCCAUCGACCUGCGCCGCAGCAUUGACCAGGCGCUCUGCCGCCGCCACCUCCUGCAGGACAGCCUCUUCAGCCGGCCCCGCCGUGGCUCGGGCACCUCACUACAUGGCUCCCCAGCCCCGAGCCCCGGCCUGGGGCGCAUGGUGCGGUGCAGCUCCCUGACAGAGCUGCCCGGGCCCCGGCAACCCCCCGGCACCAUCACCGUCACUGUCACCGCCUCGGCCAGCUCACUGGAGAGCAGCUCACUGAAGAUCAGUUGGAACCCCUGGCGCCACGGGCUGUCCUCACCUGACAGCCUGCCCCUGGACGAGGCUCCCAGCCGGGCCCCUCUCCUGGUGCCCGCCGGACCCCCCGGCUGGGAGCGCGAGGGUCCCCGCAGCCUCCCAGCCCUUGGCAAGGCGGUGGACUCCCGCAGCCUCUCCAGCGACACCAUUGAGCUCUGAGCCAGGGCCGGGCAGAGACUGAGGGCGCAGAGACUGAGGGCGCAGGGGGAUGAGCCCAGUGUGGGGGUGUGGGGGGUCUGAUCUUGCGCCCCUGCAGGGCCAGGCAGGGGCUGGCUCCAUUUGUGCCAAAUGAGAGAAAUAAAGAAUUUAUGCUGGGAGGA